AGCGGCGGCGGCUUUCCUGGCGGGAGAGGCUGCAACGUCGGUACCUCCAAGAAAGAUGCCGAGGGAAAUCAUCACCCUGCAGUUGGGCCAGUGCGGCAAUCAGAUUGGGUUCGAGUUCUGGAAGCAAUUGUGUGCAGAACAUGGCAUCAGCCCCGAGGGCAUCGUCGAGGAGUUCGCCACAGAGGGCACUGACCGCAAGGACGUCUUUUUCUACCAGGCAGACGAUGAGCACUACAUCCCCAGGGCCGUGCUGCUGGAUCUGGAGCCCCGGGUGAUCCACUCCAUCCUCAACUCACCUUAUGCCAAGCUCUACAACCCUGAGAACAUCUACCUGUCAGAGCACGGAGGAGGAGCUGGCAACAACUGGGCCAGUGGAUUCUCCCAGGGAGAGAAGAUCCAUGAGGACAUUUUUGACAUCAUUGAUCGGGAAGCAGAUGGCAGUGACAGCCUCGAGGGCUUCGUGCUGUGUCACUCCAUUGCUGGGGGGACAGGCUCUGGCUUGGGCUCCUACCUCCUGGAACGACUAAAUGACAGAUACCCCAAGAAGUUGGUACAGACCUACUCGGUGUUUCCCAAUCAGGACGAGAUGAGCGACGUGGUGGUCCAGCCCUACAACUCGCUGCUCACGCUCAAGAGGCUGACCCAGAAUGCGGACUGUGUGGUGGUGUUGGACAACACCGCCCUGAACAGGAUCGCCACUGACCGCCUGCACAUCCAGAACCCUUCUUUCUCCCAGAUCAACCAGCUGGUGUCCACCAUCAUGUCGGCCAGCACCACCACCCUGCGCUACCCCGGCUACAUGAACAAUGACCUCAUUGGGCUCAUCGCCUCGCUCAUCCCCACACCGCGUCUCCACUUCCUCAUGACCGGCUACACGCCCCUCACCACGGACCAGUCGGUGGCCAGUGUGAGGAAGACCACAGUCCUGGAUGUCAUGAGGCGGUUGCUGCAGCCCAAGAACGUCAUGGUGUCCACGGGCCGGGACCGCCAGACCAACCACUGCUACAUCGCCAUCCUCAACAUCAUCCAGGGUGAAGUGGACCCCACCCAGGUCCACAAGAGCCUGCAGAGGAUCCGGGAAAGGAAGCUGGCCAACUUCAUCCCCUGGGGCCCCGCCAGCAUCCAGGUGGCCCUGUCCAGGAAGUCUCCCUACCUGCCGUCGGCCCAUCGGGUCAGCGGGCUCAUGAUGGCCAACCACACCAGCAUCUCCUCGCUCUUCGAGCGGACCUGUCGCCAGUAUGACAAGCUGCGGAAGCGAGAGGCCUUCCUGGAACAGUUCCGCAAAGAGGACAUCUUCAAGGAGAACUUUGACGAGCUGGACACAUCCCGGGAGAUCGUGCAGCAGCUCAUCGACGAGUACCAUGCCGCCACGCGGCCGGACUACAUCUCCUGGGGGACCCAGGAGCAGUGAGUCCCCUCACAGAGGGACCUCAGCUGCCUUACUGGUUGGCCCAGGCCCCACCUGACUGGCCACACACUCAGAACACAGAUCAGGGACCUUCUGCUACUUCUUUCUCAUGCCAUCCAUGUACUCUCUGUUGGCUCGGGGAUAUUGACUUCUCCUCAGACUAUUUAUGUUUAAUAAAGCACUGGACAUAGAUCA